AUGAGUAGUAAAUCAACAACACAAUUGGAUCGUCAGUUGUCAAAGAUCAAUGAGCGUGCUCAUCGUGUAGAUACCAAUAAAUAUAGAGAUUCAUUGUUGUUCGAUGCGAAAGAGGCAGCAGCGAUCGACUACGAGGCGGUGUUGGUCAUCGGACAGGAAGGAUUGCGCGAGUUGAUUCGACUCGAUCAGCGAUUCAAAGAGUUUGAAUCGAAUCUCUUUGCACCAUCGUCUCGCUCACACAAUCGUAUGCAGAUCACCGCCGAGGAGUCUGACCAGCUCGACACUGACAUUCAUCGGUUCCUCCGACUGUCCUCCGGUUACUUCCUCCUCAAUCCAGCACAGAAAGCAUUGGAAUGGCUGAUUCGUCGUUACAGAAUCAACGAAUUCAAUAUCGAUUCUCUAAUGAUCUCUGUCAUUCCAUAUCAUCAAUCGAAUACAUUUGCCAAAUUAGUAUCAAUCUUAAGAUUUUCACGUGACGGAAAAUGGAGUUUCUUAUCAGAGACUAAAAAAAAUAAAGUAUCAAUUACAAGAGAUUUCUUUGUAAAGUUGAUGAAAAAGAAUGGAUUUUUUUCAGAGUUAAUCUGUAAUGCCAUCAUCGAGUAUGAGAACAACGCAACACUUUCAAAGACAAUGGUCAGUUUCUUCACUGCCUUGUUGAUCGACCUCGUUUCAUCGUCCAACUCUGUUCCAGAGCAUUUCAACCGUGUCGCCUUGCCAUGUUUAAAUUAUUGUUUAAAGAGUAGUAAUAUUGAAUUACAACUUGGAGCAUUUAUGAUUUUAAGUAAUAUAGCAUCAAAGGUUCAAUUUUCGAAUGAAGCAAUCGAGUUGUUGAUUCGUUCCACCUUGAAGAAUUGUCAGGGUAGUUUGAUGGCAUCGUUCACCUUCCUGUUGGUGCUUUUCCAAAAGCAAAAGAUUGAGAGUCAACUCUCGGUCACCACUCUGGAGAUGCUCGUAGAUACACCGGCACUCGGUGAUAUCCUCUUGGAGCUACACCAACAGAAUCGUUCACUCGACCAAUUCAUGGCGGUCACUCUCAAGUACCUGCUCGACACCUACUCGGAAAAGGCAGAGUCAUUCGACUUGCUACUGUUGUACGUCACCGAGUUGCCAUCGACCCAGAUGCAACGUACCACCAUCGUCAGUACUCUACUCAAGCAGUAUCUAGUUCUCAAUAGCAAUACCAGUUCCAACGGUGCUGCUAGUAGCACUUCUGCUGCUGCUGCUGCUUCUUCUGCCGCUGCAGAUUCCUCCAAAGAACAAGUCUUGGAUCUCGACUUGAUGCGCAAGUUAAUCCGUGCCGUCGAUCCAGCACUCGUGCAGACCGUCAUCAACGCCUGUACCGAAGGUGACCAGGCGCGUCUAACCGAGUUCCAAUCGUUGAUUUUCGCACAAAAGUUCCUCUCCAAGUCAAAGGCCAACGAGCUCUUCUUGCGUCUGGUUAGUCCAGCUGUUCAGUCGCGUCUUGAAGGUGUGCGCCAACUCGAGUCACUGCAGUCGAGCGGCACCAACAUCGACUGGCGUUCAUUCAGCGACAGUGUUUGCGCACUGCUAGUCGACUCUGACCACACAGUAGUCCAACAAACCUGGUCACUUACAAAUCUCAACAACAUAGUACAAUUGGAUCAACUCAUUGAGUCGAUGCAACGUUGCAUAGCCACACCUUCACUCUCACAACCAAUCAAACAACAAAUAGUAGAAAGAAUGUCAAUUGAAUUUUUAAAACAACAACAACAAUCACAACAAGAAGAUGAUAAAGAAGAAGAACAACCACAAAAACAAAAACAAUCACAACAAGAACAACAAUUAUUUAGUACACUUUCACAAUUCUUUUUAAUUUUACAACCUGAUAAUGGAUCACAUAAAUGGAUCGUUGAAUAUCUCUCCAAUAAGAAACACCAUUCAAUGUUCAAGGGUUUGAAAUCGGAUUUCCACAACAUCGACAUCGUAAGCACUCUUGGAGAGAAUCUCUUGAAGAACACCGAACUUCUCCACUCACUCAUCGAAAAAGCAUUCACCAACAUCGACGACUACUCACUUCUUCCAAACGAUAAAAUUUUAUUACUUUUAAUUUCAUCUUAUACACUACCAAAACUGAAAAAUGCUUCAGAUAGAAUCAAAUUAUCAAAUAUUAUUUUACAAUUUUCAAUCAACUUUUUAUCUUUAAACAAUAUAAAAUCAGCGAUAAGAUCUAUUUUUACUUUGGAUAGUCUCUGUCAGUCGAUAGAGAGUGACUACCAUUCUUUGGUGGUACCAGCUCUUACUUUGGCCUUGACUUUUGAUUCGCUUAUGGUUCCAAUCAAAGACGAUGCCAUUCUUCUCGAACAGAUCAAAGCUUUCGAACAACAAGAUAGGAGCACUGAUGGUGCGCACGAGCCAAUGUAUUUGGAGUUGCUCCAACAGCUGUUCAUUGCCUCGAUCACCAUGACUUCGACCAACGCCAAUCUCUCGACACUCUUGAUUCAAAACUUUAUCGAAGAGGAAGAUGAAGAAGAAGAUAAAGUCAACAACAACAAUAGCAGCAGCAGUUCAAGUUCAUUCGAAAAUUAUUUAACUAAUGAAGUAUCUCAAUUGGAACCAGAACAAUAUAUUACAUUGGUUCAUUUAAUCUCUGACUACAGCUCAGAGUUUACCAUGAGUGGAACAUUCUUCAAGUCGUUUGUCGGAUCGGUUUUGAUGUCGCGUACUACCAAGACAUUCAGCUCCAAAGAAAGAGAACAGAUUGGAUCGUACUUGGUGUCUUCUGCCAUGGCUUUGGACACUCCAACUCAACGUUCCGCCUUGUUGGCCGCACUCUCAGAGAUUCGUGAGCCAUACGUCUUCAACAUCUGUAACCGUUACAUGGAGGAGUUGCUCGAGAAAUGUCAAAAGUCGACUGUCUCCAUCGAAGAGACAAUCGUCCUAGACGUUCUCAUUGAACAGCUAGUUCAACUACCAGUGUUGAACAGCAAGAAAGGACACUUGCCAAUGUUGAUCAAAUCACUCGAUAUCAAUACCGUCGUCCAGUUGAGCGCCACCCAAAACUACAGUGUCAUUCAAUCGAUCGAGAAGCGUCUAACACACUCGCUACUCGUUGGGUUGGCCUACAAAGACCAAACUACACUCCUCGAGAAGCUACUUGACCUCCUCCAAUCCGAUGAAGUCGCCAUUCGUGACUCUACACUCUUGUGUCUUGGCGAGUUGCUCGUCGACGCCAACUCUAUCCUCUCGGUGCUCUCUGUAAAGUCAAAGAACGAAAAAGUGUUGCCAACCAUCACCCGUUUGAAUUCACUCAUGGAUAUCAUCAAGAACAACGCCGGAAAGAUCAAGGAUAUCAUAGAGAUGAUAAAGAUCACAGUUUCAAGAGACGACAACCAGACAUUCUCUGUUCUCAAGAGAUUCCUUGCCGAUACAUUGCCAGUGUUGUUGGAAGCCGGUGGAAUCACCCUCACCGCCGUCUUUAGAAUGUUCAUCAAAGCAUUCGACGAUAUUCCCAAACAGAACCGUGUUGAACUCUUCUCAAUGAUGAUUCAAUCGAUUAACUAUUCCAAGUUGGCCGUAUUCCUCACCCUUACCAUGGAGAAGCGUAUCGACUUGCUCAGAAAAGAGACACUGUUGGCAUCGUCCAAUGAAAAUGGAAUGGAUCUAUCCGACGAAAAAUCCAACGGAAAACAAUCAGAGUCAGCAGUAUUUAAUGAAUUUGUUACCGCUGUUGCUAAUAAGGUGCCAGCCGUGCCAAUGUCUUUGGCUCUGUCGAUCUUGUCGCAGGCAGUCAACACCAUCGCCUUGGAGAGUGCAACAGUCGAUCAAGACCAAGAGUUUGCCAAUGACCAACUCGAAGAGAUCGUCAAACUCUUUGAGAGCAGCGCUGCCAAAGACAACCGUUUGAUCCAAGCCAACAUCCUCGAUUUCAUCGAUGAGCGUUUGUCCGCCACCACCUAUCUCGAAGAUCUUUCAUUCCGUGUCAACCCAGAGCAACGUCAACAAAUCGAACAAUUCUAUCUCGAUGCUUUCUCAUCGUUGUUGGUCUUGCUCAGAGGUAUCACCGAGAGUUUGGAAUCACUCAAAUCCGACCCAGCCGCCAAGAAGGGCAGAGAGAAAUACUUGAAGAAAUUGUUGUCCUCUGUCAACCGUUGCAUGGAUCGUUACAACCAAUUGCUAUCGAUCGACGGUUUCGUCAUUUCCGUCUCCAAGUUGUUGCACCAUGCCGAUCCACAGGUUCGUCGUCGUUCUCUCGUCAUCUUCAAUGAGAAGAUCACAGCACUCAAGAGCAAACUCACCAACGAGCAAAUCCUCAAGUUCCUCUCACUACUCAGCGAUUUCGCCAAGAUUAUCGAAUCGUCGAAUGAGAACGACACCAACAAGCAGACUGCACUUCUCAGCUUUGAGAUUCUUGCACGUAACUUUGCCAUCAAACACAGCAGCGUCUUCUUGAGACAGAUGCCAACCAUUAUCAACGCAAUGGGUUCCGGCAGUUACAUGGUAGUUUCCAGCUCGCUCAUUUGCAUUGCCACUCUCUGCUCUGAGCUACAAGCCAAGACCGUUCCACACAUUCCACAGUUCUUCCCUGUGCUCCUCAACACUUUGACAGGCAGCUACAAGUCGACCGAGGAAUCGGAAUCACGUUCACUUCUCCAGUUGUCGUGUCAAGAAGAUCUUGACACUUCUCACCAAGAACAUUGA